GAUUGUCCUAAUGCGAAUUCCGUACCCACGUUUACUAGCACAGGCAAACGUGAGAUAUUUCUUCCUAUUUAUUUGUUCAUAAUGUAAAAGCAGUUGAUGUAAUUGCAGACACUUUAGGUACAUUAUUAUUAUUUUCAUGUUUUCUUCUCCUUUACGGUACUCCGAAUGCUUAGACAACGCUAAUAUUAAUUUAGUAUGAUAGUUGCGCUACAUAUACAUGGGAAAGCAAGCACUUGAAAACAACUCUAUGCUUUUGUUUACAAUUGUGUUUUUGCUAGAAUGAAAAAUACUGAAGAAAAGUAGAAGUAAAGAAAAGACAGCAGCAUAUCCUGCUCAACUGUUGUCAAGUUCAUCUUUAUCUCACAGACAUGUUUCCAGAACUGAACAGUAUUCUCAAUUCCACUCCAGACAGUUUCAAAUCGAGUGACUUCAUCCUGGUGUCUGACAGACAAGCUGAUGCAUCAUUUCUCAUUCAUCACUAUCUGUCUUUCUAUUUACGUGCUGGCUGUAAGGUGUGUUUUCUGGGUCUUGUUCAGUCCUUCAGCCACUACAGUGCUGUAGGUCAGAGGCUGGGAGUGAGUCUGACCCAGGCAAGAGAGAAGGGCCAGCUAGUGUUUCUCGAAGGACUGAAGGACUCUAUUGGAGCACUAUUACAGGAGGAAAGCAGUCAGGGGACACAACCUUUGAGUUAUCUCAGGUCCCCAGCUGCUGGACUGAAAGGUCUGUUCAGAUUUGUGGAAAAUUCUGUGCGUCAGAAUGGAGGCCGUGAUGAUGGUGAAUCAUGGGGUCCUCCAGUGUUACUCAUAGAUGAUCUCAGUGUGCUCCUGAGUUUAGGUGUUACUGUUGGAGCAAUACUAGACUUUACCCUCUACUGCCAAGCCACCGUGUGCUCUGAGUUACAGGGAAAUAUGGUCAUUCUGGUGAGAUGUGAGGAGGAGGAUGCAGAUGAUGAUGAAGAGGGAUCAAACCUGCUCCAGAGGGGACUAGUUCAUCAAUGUAACUUGGCAUUACAUGUAGAGGGGUUACCCACGGGUUACUGCAGGGACAUACAUGGACAGAUGGAGGUUUGGUGGCGACAGAGUGGAGAGACCAUGUACAACCAACGGAAAAUAUUUCAUUUUAAGGUCUAUGAUAAGGGAGCGUCAUUUUUCGCUCGAGGGACUUCUAGUGCUGUUCUCUAAGUUUUCAAAUGAAAGUCUAAGUCUUGAAUCUCUAGCUGAAAUAAUGUUAUGAUGUAGUUUGUUUUAUAUAAAUACAUAUAAUACAUCACCA